GCGGCUUGUAGGCCUAUGUAGCGGCACCUUCGGCUCCUCCAAUCAGGAUGACAUGAGAUUUAAAGUGAAUGAGUUCACAUUUGCUGUCCCCUCCUCAUCGUGUUUUGUCACUUUCCUUCCACUUGUGAUGCCAAACGUGUGUGGAAGCUUCACUUCAGCUGCGAGGAGACAGAAGGAGCUUUGAAGGUUCACAAGACUCGGGGCGACUUUUAUUCCGCACCCAAGAAAAACGCGCUCGCGUUGGAAAUCUGCUUCGGACGUCGUCUUGUUCAGGCCAUUUACGCAAAAAGGCAAAAAAAAUCCGCCGCGACUGGUUGAAUGUUUGCGGACACGUAAGAAGUCGACAGCGUGACAAGUUCUCGACAAACACACAAAAGCUGCUUCUUGCGCUGUGAAGGAGACGAACCGGGAGGUUUCUGUAUCUGUGGACGCACUCUGGCGCACAAAUGGUGUUUCUGUGGGACGCAAAAUACGACCCAGCCCCCGGCCGGCGUUACACCCCCCCCUCCACCACCCUCGCAUCGGGGGGGAAGAUGGCCGAGGCCCUGCCUCUGGGCGCCCAGGAGGCCGGAGGCGGGUCCGCUCUGGUGGGAAAACUGCGCAUGGCCGACCGCGGCAUGGUGGAGGUGAUCUCAGAUCAUCCAGGUGAGCUGGUGAAGACAGACAGUCCCAACUUCCUGUGCUCUGUGCUGCCCACACACUGGAGGUGUAACAAGACCCUGCCCAUUGCUUUUAAGGUUGUUGGCCUUGGCGACAUUCCCGAUGGCACCCUGGUAACGGUGAUGGCGGGGAACGAUGAGAACUACUCAGCUGAGCUUCGAAACGCCACGGCCGCCAUCAAGAACCAAGUGGCCAGAUUCAACGACCUGCGCUUCGUUGGCCGCAGUGGAAGAGGGAAGAGCUUCACUCUGACCAUCACUGUGUUCACCAAUCCUCCUCAGGUGGCCACGUACCAGAGAGCUAUUAAAAUCACAGUGGACGGUCCUCGAGAGCCACGACGGCAUCGUCAGAAGAUGGACGAGGUCAAACCUGGCUCGCUGGCUUUCUCUGAGAGGCUGACAGAGCUGGAACAUCUGAGGCGGAGCUCGAUGAGGGUGACGCCUCCUCAUCACCAUCACCAUCAACCCUCUGCCAACACCCGCCAAUCUGUGGCACUCAACUCCGCCACCUUCGCCAACCCCACCCACACUCAGAUAACUGCCGAUUCCAGACAGAUGCAGUCGUCUCCGUCUUGGUCCUACGACCAAUCAUACCCUUACCUUGGCCACGCCACGCCUACCGUCCACACGGCGAAUGCCCUUUCGCCUGGCCGAUCUUCACUCAGUGAUCUGUCCUCACGACUCACAGGUCCUGACCUCACGGCCUUCACCGACCACAGGAUGACCUUAGAACGACCUUUCACCUCCCUCCCCUCCUUGCCUGACUCACGCUUCUCCGAUCCCCGGGUCCAUUACCCUCCCACAGCGGCCGCCUUCACCUACACCCCCUCUCACAACCCCGUCUCCAACGGCACCCUUGGCCUCACAAUGGCAACGGCCAUGGCAACCACCCCGACGGGGAGGUACCACACUUACCUGCCUCCUCCCUACCCGGCGAACACCCCCCACCAGGCACAGAAUGGGCCCUUCCAGUCCACCUCCUCGCCAUAUCACUUGUACUACUCCACCGCUGCCGGGUCAUACCAGUUCUCCAUGAUGGCCGGGGGAGGAGGCAGCAGUGACUCGCGCUCCCCGCCAAGGAUCCUGCCGCCGUGCACCAACGCCUCCACAGGCUCCUCCCUCCUGCACCCCUCUUUGCCCAAUCAGAACGAAGGAGUGGGUGUAGAGGUGGAGUCCAGCCACAGUAGCUCCCCGACAAACAUGGCAGCUGCUGAAGCUGUCUGGAGACCUUACUGAACCAGUCGAGGUGGAAGAGGACACUUAAGGUGACCACCUGGUCAUGUGAUGGUGGACACCAUCACUUAACACAUAAAUACACGCCAAUCCAAAGUGUCACAUAUAGAUAUCGCUCAAACUGAGAGGGCUGAGUGAACCACAACCCCUAAUCUCAGUUAAAGAAGAAGGAAAGUCUGAUGUUCUAUAUUUUUUCCAUAAAUCUCAAGAAGAAACCCAAACUAACGAUGUGUCAGUCCAUGUGAACUUUCUAAAUGCCUCGCAACAUCAAGUUAAAAUCAAUACUAAGUCUCUCAAUAUGGCUUCCUGUCUGUGCUUCUCAGUUCCAAGCCCAUUGGUCCCUACUAAUAUCUAAAAAAAUCAGUAGUUGCCUAGAAGAGCUGGCCCCUGAUGAUGAAUGCAUUUGUUGGGGACUAUUUUCAGCGGCGGAUUAAUCCACAAUUGUUGCUCUAGUGAGUAUUUGGAGCAGCAGGACAGGGAAGCAGUGAGGCUCACUGAUUUUUUAACAACAGUGGAGCUCUAUAGCACAGAGGGAUAAGAGACAUCAGGCAGUAAUACACACACAGCACUUGACGAUAGCUAUUAGGGUUGGGCGAUAUGAAGGUAUAUAUCAUGCAGUGGUAUAAAGGAUUUUGCAAUACCAUUUCUUCAGGAGCUAUCCCUUAAUUUCUCUGCACAUAAGACAAAUUUGAACUUGGUUGUGUUCCAUAUUGUAAAUUUCCUCCUAGAACAGUAUUGAUGAUUUAAAACUCAACUGUGAACUGAGUGAAACAUCAACAGUGAGCACGGAGGAAAUGUUAGGACUCACAGUACUGUGCGCUCCCCAGUUAGCAGCAAUAUUGAUCGUCACCUAUCGAUGCAGUUACCUGCUAAUGUUCCUUGGGUAAACUGCAUCUUUUUUAUUUAUUUAUAUUAGAUCCCUUAUUGGGAAAAAUUCCACCCAGUACUGUACAUCAUCACAUGACCAGGAGCCAGAUGAUGCGUGUUCCCAGUUUGAAACUGUCUACUGAUGAUGUUGAACAAGCAAUGAAUGACAGGUGCAUUAGCCAAUGGACAUCAGAGAGUGGACAUCCCAGUCUCACUCUCAGGACAUAGAAAAGGACUCCAGAGAAGAGUUUCUAUUGAAUGAAGCAAGUAAAUUUGGACAGAUAAACGGAGAGCAGCAGGGAAAUAUUUUGGUUUUACACUGACAAAGUGCAUGCAGCAGCACUGGACUGAUCUCAAUUCAGCUCCCUUUGUAAAAUAAGAAGAUUUCAUCCUCAUAAAUGUUGUUGGUGUUGUGAAUAGAUGACUUGAUCAGGCAAAUAUUGUGAUGACCUGUUUGUGUUUACCUUAAACUUUCGAUCUGUCAUUGUAUCACCCCCCUAAUGAUUUUAGCACUCUUCUCCCAUUCAUCACUUUUAUGGCCCCCUGAGGUGACUAUGACUUCUAACUCUGGCUUCACUGCAGACUGCAUACUCGCCCAUCAAAAUGAUUAAUAAUUCUUAACUGGCUAAGCCAGUCGAGUGAUUGCAUAUUUAUUGUAGACGGACCCUGACCAGACUGGAGAUGAAAAUUUCUAUGUUAACACAAAAGACAAUGUCUAAAUUAUGUCUCAGAUGUUUUCCACACAUUAGUUUUGCAGUGAAAAUGCUCAAAUUUAAAUUCUGUCUUCCGUCAGCAGCUUUACUCCAAGAUGAUUUACUUCCAAACGCCUCUCUGUUGAAUUUUGACUCACCAUGCUGAGAAACAUUACCACAUGGAGUUUUGUUAAAUACUUUAAUUUAUUCCUACAAUACCAUUUUGGUAGCAUUUCGUGUGUGUGUGUGUGUGUGUGUGUGUCUCACAUUUACCAUGAUCCACUGUCGAUUUGUACUGUAUAUAACCCUGGCUGUGACACCUGCAUUUGAUCACCCUUUCCCCUAUCUCUCUCUCUCUCUCUCUCUCACUCUCUCUCACACACACACACACACUAGUUUUGUUUUGACACUGUUGACACACAUUUGGGUGUUUGAUUUAUAUAAGGAAAAAAAUACAACUCUUGCCCUGUG